ACCAACAGCUGUUCGGGUAGUGAACAAAGCCAAACGUGUAAAUUUUAAAACAUCCAAAUUUAUUUGGACUUUUUAAUGGCCGAACAGCGCCGCCGGUUCCGCAACAAGAAGCGGGAUGACCAUCAGUCCGCUAAUGUCCUGGCGCCGGUCACCAUUGCCCGGCGCUGCGAUGACCCCCGCCUUCUACAGCCAAAGAUCCUGCUGAAGAAGGACCGCGAUCGGGACAAGGAGCACGACAAGGAGCGGGAUAGGGAAUCAGAACGGGAUAAGGUGAGGGAACGUGACUCGGAGCUUCGCAGCAGUAACCACGAUACGAACUCAUCCUUAAAGACCAUAAUUAUAAAUCGGACCACCGAUGGCCGGCUACCGGAACGAUAUCAAGCCAUGAUGUCGCCCACGGCCAGAGCAGGAGGAUCUGCCUCAAGCUUGGCCCAUGUUUCAGUGCCCAGCAACUCGGUGUGCGCGGCUCUGGUCAGUUCAUCCUCGGCGACGAACAGCUGCCGGGAUAGAAGCUGCAACCCGACAUCCACUGCCAACGGAACUGCACCCGCCAUCCAGGACCUCCAGCCGCCGCGUAUGACCCGCCCCACUCCCCUGAUCGUCGCCAACGGCGUCUUUAAUGCCAAUGCCCGCAAGCUGUUCAACAAAACCAACACCGAUUUCACGGUAAUCGGGGUUCUGGGGGGCCAGAGCUGCGGAAAGAGCACCUUGCUCAAUCUCCUGGCGUCCGAGCGACCGCUGGACUAUGACUACUACCAGCACCUGUUCAUUCCGGAGGCGGACGAGUGCAUAUUCUCGACGCGGCCCAAAAAGACAAACAACGGCAGCCAGAAGAAUGUGCUUCGUUCGAGGACCGAGGCGUUGCAGUUCUUCAUCACCCGAGAGCGUCACAUACUGGUAGACACGCCGCCACUGCUGGCCACAUGCAAGGACACCGAUAACCUGGACAUGCACUGCCUGGGCUUGGUGGCCCAGCUGCUGAGCGUGUGCCAUGUGCUCAUCCUGGUCAUCGACGGUGUGGCUGUGGAGCACCUGCGUCUGCUGAAUGCUGCCCUGCGCUUGAGGCCGCGCUUUCCCUGCAAGGGCUAUGUCCGAGACCACGUGCCGCAGCUGCUGUUCGUGCGGAAUCGUGCCCAGCGUUUGGACUUCGAGCCCCAGCAGCGGGAACGUAUAGAAAGGAUGCUGACGCACCUGUACGAGCCCACGGGACUGCCCAUUUAUCGGGGACGUGGUGAAGCCCGCUGCCUUAACACCUUCCUGCUGCCGGAUAUUGCGGGGAACGAGGCCACCGCCUACCAUCCCAGCCUCGGGGAGCUGGUGCGGCAGUUUCGGGAGCGUGUCCUAAGCUGCCCGCGCACCUCCAUGUGCAGCGGCGGCGAACUGAGCGAGGCCAUCUGGUUCGAGAUCCUGGCAGAGACUGCCCGCAAGGGUGGUACCAAUUUCGAGAAGAUCCAUUCCGAGAUUAAGCUGCGUCACCUGGAUAUCCGUACAAGCCAGUGGCGGACGGAGAACUGACGUGAUCCAGUGACCCUCUGACCUCAUCCCCACGAUGGGGAUACGAGCCAUAUCAACUCGCGUCAUAAGACUGUCCAUAGAGAAACGAUGAAAAACAACGGGAUUUUUGAGUUAUGCAGCAGCAGGAUGUCGUGACCCUGGUUUAAUAAGGUAACAUGGGGGCGUUACAAUAAUGUUGGCGAAAAUAAAAACAUAUUUAUUUUUAUA